AUAUGUUAACCCUUGGCCGACUUUUUCUUCGUUUUGUUUCUAUCUAUUGGAUUUCCGUGGAGUUGAGAUAAGGGGAUGGAUAGCGGAAAGAAGCCGGCGACGAUGGGCGGAGGAGGAUUCGAUGGCGAGAGGGCGGCGGAGAUGGUGGCGGAGCUGAGGGAGACCUUCAGGUCGGGGAGGACGAGGAGCCUCGAGUGGAGGGCGGCGCAGUUGAAGGCUCUCGUGAGGAUGAUCGAGGAGAAGGAGUCCGACAUCAUGGGCGCCCUCUAUGCUGACCUCGCCAAGCCACAGCUCGAGUCUUACCUUCACGAGAUUUCGCUGGUAAAGUCUGCAUGUUCAUUUGCUCUCAAACAAUUGAAACGUUGGAUGAAACCAGAAAAGGUGCCAGCUUCUAUUACAACUUUUCCAUCAACAGCAGAAAUUGUGUCAGAGCCUCUAGGUGUUGUGCUGAUCAUUUCAGCAUGGAACUAUCCCGUUUUGUUAUCUCUUGACCCAGUCAUCGGAGCCAUUGCAGCUGGUAAUGCUGUUGUUUUAAAGCCAUCAGAUCUUGCGCCAGCCACAUCAUCAUUAUUUGCAAGAAUAUUACCAGAUUACAUAGAUAACUCUUGUAUAAGAGUUGUUGAGGGCUCUAUCCCUGAGGCGACUGCGCUUUUGGAACAAAAGUGGGAUAAAAUAUUUUAUACAGGUAAUGGAAAUGUAGGCCGCAUUGUGAUGACUGCAGCUGCAAAGCAUCUAACACCAGUAGUUUUGGAGCUCGGAGGAAAAUCUCCUGUUGUUGUUGAUUCAAAUAUUGAUGUAAAGGUUGCAGCGAGGCGAAUUGCUGUGGGCAAGUGGGGAUGCAACAAUGGACAAGCUUGCAUUGCUCCAGAUUACAUUAUAACAACUAAAUCAUUUGCUCCAAUAUUGGUGGACUCCUUAAAAAGAACUUUGGAGAAAUUUUAUGGGGAGGAUGCAUCAGAAUCUAAAGAUUUAUCUCGCAUUGUGAAUGCUGAUCAUUUUAAACGCUUGACAAGUCUCUUGGAUGAUGAAAAGGUUUCUGGCAAGAUAGUCCACGGAGGCCAGCAGGAUGAGAAGCACCUAUAUAUAGCUCCUACACUCUUAUUAGACGUUCCACAUGAUUCAUUAAUAAUGAAGGAGGAAAUAUUUGGUCCAUUACUUCCAAUUAUCACAGUUGACAAGGUGGAAGAUAGUUUUGAUGUUAUAAACUCAAAGUCGAAGCCUCUUGCUGCCUAUCUCUUCACCAAGGACAAGAAGCUGGAAGAGAAGUUUGUGAAAAUUGUAUCUGCUGGGGGGAUGCUCAUAAAUGACACAGUGUUACAUCUUGCAAACCCUUACUUGCCGUUUGGUGGGGUCGGGGAGAGCGGAUUCGGGUCAUACCAUGGCAAAUUCUCGUUUGAAGCAUUUAGUCACAAGAAAGCAGUGCUGUCCCGUGGUUUUGGUGGGGAAACAUCUGCAAGAUACCCUCCAUAUACACCCCAAAAGCAAAAACUUCUGAGGCAACUCCUCAAUGGCAGUAUCAUAGCCCUGUUCCUCGCUCUGAUUGGAUGGCCUAGAGGUGGUUGAUGACUCGUUGUCUUGAUGUAGCACGUCGCCAGGCAUAUAUGUUUACAUACAAGGUACUAACCUUCACGGGUGGAGGAAACGUAAAAAAUAAUUGUGUGGGUUCUUAAAUUCAUAGUUUGUGCAUGACUUUUUACGUCUUGCUUAUCACAUAAGAGUACACAAUAACUGUUUCUAUGAUUUUUGACCUCCUCAUCUAUUGUUUAUCAAAGUAUUUCUGCGGAAAAUCUGAAAUGGAGAUCUGCACAAGGUUUUGUUGAACAAUUUUUUAUA